CUACGUGCGUGCGUCUCGCCCCCUCCGUGAGGGCCGGCCCCUGGCGUUCGGUCGCUCUCUGCGCAUGCGCGCUCCCAGGCCAGAGCUCCGUUUCCGGUGCUUUCCCCGCCCCUGGCACCCGCGCAUGCGCCCUCGGACUGACGUGCACCUGCAGUUCUUGCCACCCACACCCCUACGCGGGGCGACGCUCUUCUGCCUAACCCAGCUCGUGCUGGCAGUGCCCAGCUUCUAGAUGAGUUCCUGCAAUGUUGACACAGAUGAAGCGUUUCAAAGCUUGUGUUAAGGGCUUUUAAUUAAAAUGGUGAAAAAUUAUUGCAGAACAGCUGCCUUCUGGCCACCUGCAGUUGGUGGGGGUGCCUCGGAAACGUGACUCACCAAACAUUCCUGAAGAGAUUACGUUUAUUUUCAGUUAUUGGAGCCAGGGUUGAUGGAGAAAGUCAUGCGUAUUAGUAGAAGUCCUGGCUGGAUAUGUUUUUGGUGACUUUACGUAAUGCUCCUUCCUUAGGCGCUUUCUGCAGAAGAUGACACCCUCAGGAGCCACUUAGGUUACCUGCUGGUGACUUACCCGGUUUUUCAGUACCUGACAUGUGCUUGGAGAGCUGGAACAGUGCCCUGUUUGUGAGUGUGGUAAGAUGGUCAUCAGCGUGAAAUACCUGGCAAAUAAGGAUGAAAGGACUUCAGCGCAAGCGGAUGCCAGUAUAACGUCCAGGUACUUCAUUGUACAGUAAUACCUCGGUUCACGAAUGCUUCUGUUUGCAAACAGUUCGGUUUAAGAACAGAAGAGGCAGGUAAAUUCUUGCUUCCCAUUGUGAAGUCUCCAUCAGGUGAUGAACAGACCAUGGGUGCCUUCUCAGCGUGAACACCAGCAGGGCCAUCUUCCCUGCUCUGAGGUAUGGUCUUGGCCUCCUCUCCUCCAGAUUGUAGUUUUAGACAGAUGUGUAGACACUUGCUGUGAAGCCUUUUUGUAUACUUCUUAGCACAUACUGCAUAGUACUGUGCAGUAUCAUUUAAUCCAGCAUGGCUCCAAAGAAAGUGCAGAGCAGUCAUGAAGGUAAAAAGAAAGUGCAGAGCAAGGAUGGUAAGAAGAAAGUUUUGAAGAAAAUAACCAUUGCAUUGAAGAAGGAAAUUGUACAAAAGUAUGAGCAUGGUAUUCGUGUGACUGAUUUGGCUUUGGAGUACAAGAUGGCGAAGUCGACAAUCUCGACUAUUUUGAAGAAUAAAGAUGCCAUCAAAGGAGCUGAUGUGGCAAAAGGAGUAACAACAUUAACCAAGCAGAGGACACAAGUGCUGGAAGAAGUGGAAAAACUUUUGUUAGUGUGGUUGGAUGAGAAACAGCAGGCAGGUGAUAGUGUUAGUGAAGCGAUGAUCUGUGAAAAAGCCAGGAAAUUGCACAGUGAUUUGCUGCAAGAAAACCCUUCCACAAGUUCAACAAGUGAUAAAUUUAAAGCCAGUCGAGGGUGGUUUGAUAAAUUCCGCAAGAGAAGUGGCAUCCUCCGUGUGGUGAGACAUGGUGAGGCUUCCAGUUCUGACAAAGCUGUUGCAGAAGCCUACAAGAAAGAAUUCUCAGAAUUCAUGAAGGCAGAAGGGUAUGUUGCUCAACAAGUAUUGAACUGCAGUGACAGCAGGCUUUUUCGGAAGAAGAUGCCUAUCAGAACCUACAUCACGCCAGAGGAAAAGGCACUGCCAGGGCAGAGCGAGCAGCAGAGGGCGCUUGUUGAGAAAUUUUCCCCUGAGAAAGAAGAAGACAGGGAUGAGCUUAGCAGUGAUAUGAUAAAGUCCAUCAUGGCAAAAUGGAAUGAAUGCCAGGAUUUCUUUGAGAGGCACCACCCCAACAUAACUAUAACAAACAGAGUGUUGAAGCUGAUGAACGAUAAUGUGGUCUCUCAUUUCCGGAGGGUUAUGCAGCGCAGGAAAAAACAAAUGACAUUAGGCAGAUUUUUUGUUAAAAUUGACCCUGCAGCUAAGAAACAGAGAAGAGAGGAAACUACUGAAGCAAAUCUCCCUGAUGUCCUUAUGGUAGGGGAUUCUUCAAACAACAACCUCCUUCCUACCUACCUUCCUGUCCUCCAUGCCAGAAGUCUCCUGAAGCAAGGUGCCGUGGAGGGCAGUGUACAGGGAGUUCCUUGUAACACAUGGCAGAGACAGCAGGCUAUUCUGAACAUGACUGAGAAUGAUCGGCUGGAUGCGCACUAGGUUGAGGAAUGUGCCCGCAAGCUGAGCAGGCCCUGCAUCCCUGGGUCAUGCAGGACGCUGGAGGAGCCCAGCCCAGGGACUGACCUAGGGACCAGAAGAGACCUGUUUGGCUGCCAUUGGCUGAUCCAGCAAUCUGUACUCUCUAUUUAACAAGCGCAGGGUGAUUUUGAUUGUUUCCAGUGUUCAACCUGUGCAGCCUUGCGUUCUCCACUAGCAGGCCGUAAAGCCUUUCUGAGUGCUGUGUUGAAACUCAUAGCUUGUAUCUGAUCUACAUUGUUGUAAGUAGAAAGAAAUGGAAGUCAUUUCUGUGUCAUCUGUGUCAUCUGUGUCUCUUAGUUGAGCAGAAGUCCAAGGCAGGCAUUUUUAUUACUUGUGAAUGAUACUUUUGCUGACGGUAUUGGCUUCUUGCACACCACAGUUCCAACAAUUGCUGACUAAGAAAAGCUCUUAACGGUAGGAAGUCCCCAACUUCUGAACAAGUUCUGCUCUGGGAGGAUGGUCAUGAAGUGGAUUCACUCAUAAGCGGGCAAAGUGAGUCUUAUGCAGUGUACCUGUGAGAGUUCACGACUUGGAUGCUCGUAAGUCAGGGAUUUACUGUACUAUAUUCUAAGAAAUGCUGCAUACAUGAAGACAUAUGCGUGACUUUACAGAAGUGGAGAGCAUAUUUAUAAUUAUUUGAUACAGUUUUGUGUGAUUUGAUUUUGAUUUUCUUUCCCUUAGUAGAUUGAUUACAUCCGUUGCUCUCAACUCUCCUAUUCAAAGAAGCCCGCUUUCCUUCCCAAGGUGUCUGUGUUAGCGACCUACUAUGUGCCCAUCCAUCACUUAGGUAUCACACAGUAAUGAGCACAUACUUGUAGGAGUGACAUUCAAAAUAUAUAGCAUCCGGGAUAUGUGGCGAUAGCCAGUUAGGCUGAACACUGCUGACACAUCCGCUGUGAGCUUACCAGUGUAGAUGGGUUGAAAGCCAGCCCUGUACACAUACAGACACACACAUACAAAUACUCUGUAGAGGAGUCUUUUUUUUUCUUUCAAAAUGCAACAAUAUGAAAUCCCAGCCAUUUCCCUUCCAGGUAUCCUCCUGAGAGUUAAAGACACCAUACUACAGUGACACACACAUACCUGUGUUUAUAGCAGCACAAUUCACAAUAGCUGGAUCUUGGAGGCAGGGUAUGUGUCUGUCCUCAUGGACAGAUGAAGAAAAUAGGGCACUUGCAUACAAAGGAAUGGCACUCCUCCAUAAAGAAAACCUUCAAGUCAUCUGUAAGAAAAGCCUUGAGACCAUACUGUUAAGUAGAAUAAAUUGGACCCAUAAGCUUAAAUCGCACAUAGUUCCUUGUAUUUAAGAAACCCAAAAAUAUAAAUAAAGAGCAAAAUAAAAGAUAGAGCAUAGGAAACAGGGAGACAGAGCAUUCCCAAAUGGGAAGAAAUUAAGAGAUGGGGGAGGAGAGGGACGGGAUGUCAAAGGAAUCGAGAGGACUUGGUGCUAUGUGGAUGCGCCGACCCUGGGCAAUGCCAUGUAAAGCUUAUGUACUGCCAAC